AUGACUGCCGAGAUUAUUGACGGAAAAACAGUCUCUGCUUCCAUCAGAUCCCAGCUCUCCCAAGAAAUUGCCGCCAUUAAAGCAAAAUCCCCAUCUUUUGCUCCACAAUUGGUGGUGGUCCAAGUUGGCGCUAGACCUGAUUCCUCAGUUUACGUCCGUAUGAAGCGUAAGGCUGCCGAAGAAGUAGGUAUUAUCUUCCAACACAUUGAUCUUCCAGAAUCUAUCGACCAAGAUGCCCUUCUCGCCCGCAUCGACAGUCUCAAUCAAGAUUCUGCAGUCCAUGGGAUCAUUGUCCAACUUCCUUUGCCAGAUCACUUGGACCCUCAAGCGAUCACCAACGCUGUUUCCCCGGAAAAGGAUGUCGAUGGCUUUACCAGUUAUAACAUUGGUGAGUUGAGUAAGAAAAAUGGUGCUCCACACUUCUUGCCAUGCACCCCAAAAGGGAUCGUCGAUUUAUUAAAACAUUCGGGUAUUGAAGUUGCCGGUAAACACGCCGUGGUCUUAGGUAGAUCUGAUAUCGUCGGUGUUCCUGUCUCAGUUUUGUUGAGAAAUUUGGAUGCUUCUGUCACCACUUUGCAUUCCAAGUCUACCAAUAUUGAACAACACUUGCAAAAUGCCGAUAUCGUAGUGUCUGCCAUUGGUAAACCAAACUUUGUCAAGGCCGAGUGGUUAAACUCCAAGGCUAUCGUCAUUGACGUUGGCACCAACUAUAUCGAAGACUCUACAAGAAAAUCAGGCUCUCGUUUAGUAGGUGAUGUUGAAUACGAUGCUGCCAAAGAAAAGGUUGCUAAAAUCACCCCAGUUCCUGGUGGAGUUGGCCCAAUGACCGUUGCUGAAUUGUUGUACAAUGUUGUCGAAUCCGCUAAGAAAUUCUCUUCUAAGAAGAACGGGUUCACUCCAUUGAAACUCAAUUUGUUGACCCCAGUCCCAUCAGAUUAUGAAAUCUCUAGAGCCCAAACCCCAAAGCAAAUCACCAAAGUGGCCAGCGAAUCCAGUAUUCCAGCUGAAGAUCUCGAACCAUAUGGAUCUACAAAGGCCAAGGUUAAGUUAUCUGUUUUGGAAAAAUUCAAGAACCGUGAAAAUGGUAAAUACAUUCUUGUCACCGGUAUCACCCCAACCCCGCUCGGUGAAGGUAAAUCAACAACUACCGUUGGUCUUGCCCAAGCUCUUGGUGCCCACUUGAACAGAUUGGUUUUCGCCAACGUCAGACAACCAUCUAUGGGUCCAACCUUUGGUAUUAAGGGUGGUGCUGCUGGUGGUGGUUACUCUCAAGUCAUUCCUAUGGAUGAAUUCAAUAUGCAUUUGACUGGGGAUAUCCAUGCUAUCUCUAUGGCUAACAACUUGCUUGCUGCUGCCAUUGACACCAGAAUGUUCCACGAAUCUACCCAAAAGGAUGGUCCUUUGUACCGUCGUUUGGUGCCAGUAAAGAACGGUGCCCGUAAAUUCUCUCCAUCUAUGUUUAUUAGAUUGAAGAAAUUGGGAAUCGACAAGACCAACCCAGAUGACUUGACACCAGAAGAAAUCACCAAGUUUGCCCGUUUGGAUAUUGAUCCACAAUCUAUUACCUGGAAACGUGUGGUUGACUGUAAUGACCGUUUCCUCCGUGGUAUCACCAUUGGUGAAGCUCCAACCGAAAAGGGGAUGACCCGUUCUACUGGGUUCGAAAUCUCUGUGGCUUCUGAAUGUAUGGCGAUUUUGGCUCUCUCCACUUCUCUUAAAGACAUGCGUGACAGACUUGGCCGUAUUGUCGUCGCUACCUCUAAAUCCGGUGAACCAGUUACUUGUGAUGAUAUUGGUGCUGGUGGUGCUUUGACUGCUUUGCUUAAGGAUGCUAUCAAGCCAACUUUAAUGCAAACUUUGGAAGGUACUCCUGUCAUGAUUCAUGCUGGUCCUUUCGCCAAUAUUUCUAUUGGUGCCAACUCUAUUAUUGCUGAUAAAAUUUCUUUGAAACUUGCUGGUACUGAAUCUGCCUCUGAAGAUUCCGGAUAUGUCGUUACCGAAGCAGGGUUCGAUUUCACCAUGGGAGGUGAACGUUUCUUGAAUAUUAAGACCCGUAACUCUGGUCUUGUUCCAGACUUGGUUAUUGUCGUGGCCACUGUUCGUGCUUUGAAGGUUCAUGGUGGUGGUGCCGAAGUCAAGGCCGGUGUUCCAUUAGCCAAAGAAUAUGUCACCGAAAAUGUUGAAAUGUUGGCUAAGGGUUGCGCUAACUUGCAAAAGCACAUUCAAAAUGCUAGAUCUUUUGGAUUGAAUGUUCUCGUUGCUAUUAAUGCUAUGAAGAAUGAUACCCCAGCCGAGCAUGAAGUCAUUAAAAAAUACUCUCAAGAAGCUGGUGCCAUCGAUGCCGUGAUUUCAGAUCACUGGGCUAACGGUGGUCUCGGCGCUGUUAAAUUGGCAGAAAAGGUGGUGGAAAUCACUAAUGAUGUUUCUUUACCACCAUCAAAGGAUACUUUCAAGUUCACUUAUGAGCUCAGUGAUCCUAUUGAUGUUAAGAUCCGUAAAAUCGCCCAAAACCUCUAUGGUGCUGCCGACGUUGAAUUCUUGCCUGCUGCCCAAGAGAAACUUGAGUUGUACGCCAAGCAAGGCUUUGACAAUUUACCAAUCUGUAUUGCUAAAACUCAAUACUCUUUGUCUCAUGACGCUGCCCAAAAGGGUGUUCCAAAGGGCUUCAUUUUCCCAAUUAGAGAUAUCAAAGCUAGUAUUGGUGCUGGGUACUUGUACGCACUUGCUGCUGAAAUCCAAACUAUUCCAGGUUUGCCAACUCAUUGUGGUUUCAUGGAUGUGGAAGUGAAUGAUGAUGGUGAAAUUGAAGGGUUGUUUUAG